GCCGAGCCGUCUGCCCGCUUCAAGGAUGGCGUCGGCGGUCGGGAAGGUGAAGCAGGACAUGCCGCCUCCGGGCGGGUAUGGCCCCAUCGACUACAAGCGGCACAUGCCUCGGCGGGGGCUCUCAGGCUAUAGCCUGUUUGGCAUUGGAAUCGGGAUUAUGAUGUACGGCUAUUUUAAAAUAGUCAGGUGGAACCGAGAACGGAAGCGCCUGGCUAUCGAGGAUCUGGAGACCCGGAUUGCCCUGAUGCCACUUCUGAUGGCCGAGGACGACCGGAGGGUACUGCGCAUCCUCUGGGAGAACUUCAGAGAGGAGGCCAAGAUCAUGAAGGACGUUCCGGGAUGGACGGUGGCCGAGUCUCGCUUCAACACCACGCGCUGGGUGCCCCCCACCCCUGAAGAGCUGUACUUUUUGCGCCCCUGGAGUGAGCUGGACAACGCCAAAUUCGGGUGUCAGUUUUAUACAUGAGCGGGGAGAGCUCUGUGGGAGCGGCACCCCUUGCCUUCCCAAAAAUAGCAUAUUUGUUAAUAAAUGUCGGUGGAAACGA